CUGCGGCGUUGCUGAUUGGAGGGGCUGGGGGGAAGACAGUGGGCGCAGCCAAUCCGGAGCGUCCUCCGCUGCUCCCCUCCCGCCCCCGGGCUCAAGGGAGAGCUGGCACUGAGGCCGGGCACCGAUGUCUGUGUGCAGUCUCUGAGGUCAGGAGCCCAGGGCUGAGGACGCCGGCGCACAGGUCAUGGCCGCGCAGGGGCUGCCCCAGCCUUCCGCCGAGGGCUCGCCCUGGCCUCUCAGCCUCCUGCACGCGCCCUCGGGGCUGCUGCUGCUGGACCGCACGGGCGGCGCGCUGCUGCUGCUUGGCCUGGCGGCGCUGCUGGGCUGGAGCUGGCUGUGGCGCCGCCGGGCGCGGGGCAUCCCCCCGGGGCCCACGCCUUGGCCCGUGGUGGGCAACUUCGGCUUCGUGCUGCUGCCGCCUUUCCUGCGACGGAAGAGCUGGCCGUACCGCCGGGCGAAGGCCGGAGGACUGAACCUCUCCGGCCUGGGCGCGCAGUUGCUUCUGGCCGAGAUGGCCCACAAGUACGGCAACAUCUGCAGCUUCUUCAUCGGCCACUACCUGGUGGUGGUCCUCAGCGACUUCCACAGCGUGCGCGAAGCGCUGGUGCAGCAGGCCGAGGUCUUCAGCGACCGCCCGCGGGUGCCGCUCAUCUCCAUCAUGACCAAGGGGAAGGGGAUUGUAUUUGCACAUUAUGGUCCAGUCUGGAAACAACAGAGGAAGUUCUCUCAUUCAACUCUUCGUCAUUUUGGCUUGGGAAAGCUUAGCUUGGAGCCCAAGAUUAUUGAGGAGUUCAAAUAUGUGAAAGAGGAAAUGCAGAAGCAUGGAGAAGACCCCUUCAAUCCUUUCCCCAUUGUCAACAAUGCCGUCUCUAACAUCAUUUGCUCUUUAUGUUUUGGCCAGCGCUUUGAUUACACCAAUAGUGAGUUUAAGAAAAUGCUUAAUUUUACGUCACGAGCGUUAGAAAUCUGUCUGAACAACCAGCUCCUCCUGGUCAACAUAUGCUCCUGGCUUUAUUACCUUCCUUUUGGACCAUUUAAGGAAUUAAGACAGAUUGAAAAGGAUUUAACCACUUUCCUUAAAAAAAUCAUCAAAGACCAUCGAGAGUCUUUGGAUGCAGAGAACCCUCAGGACUUCAUAGACAUGUACCUUCUCCACGUGGAAGAAGAGAGCAAAAAUAAUAGCAACAGUAGUUUUGAUGAAGAUUACUUAUUUUAUAUCAUCGGAGAUCUCUUCAUUGCUGGGACUGAUACCACAACUAACUCUUUGCUUUGGUGCCUUCUGUAUAUGUCACUGAACCCUGACAUCCAAGAAAAGGUUCAUGAAGAAAUCGAAAGGGUAAUUGGUGCCGACCGCGCCCCUUCCCUCACUGACAAGGCCCAGAUGCCCUACACAGAAGCCACCAUCAUGGAGGUGCAGAGGCUGAAUGCUGUGGUGCCGCUCUCCAUUCCUCACAUGACCUCAGAGAAAACAGUGCUCCAAGGGUAUACCAUUCCUAAAGGCACGAUAAUAUUACCCAACUUGUGGUCAGUACAUAGAGACCCCACCGUUUGGGAGAAACCAGAUGAUUUCUACCCCAGUAGAUUUCUGGAUGAUCAAGGACAAGUUAUUAAAAAAGAAACAUUUAUUCCUUUUGGGAUAGGGAAGCGGGUGUGUAUGGGAGAGCAACUGGCAAAGAUGGAAUUAUUCCUGAUGUUCGUGAGCCUAAUGCAGAGUUUCACAUUUGCUUUGCCUAAGGACUCAAAGAAGCCAAUUUUGACUGGAAAAUAUGGUCUGACUUUAGCCCCACAUCCAUUUAAUAUAAUCAUUUCAAAGAGAUAAAAUAUAAUAAUUUCAAUCAUUUCUUCUCUCCAAGAAGAGAUGGUGCACAGAAUGUAAAUACAUGUCCUUCUAAGCUGGUUCUUCCUCCUGUAAUUGACAGCAGAUCCAGCAACUCUGCAGAUCUAGGUUAGGCUCAGAUCAGAGGGAGACUGGAAAGAGGGUAGUGCGUGGGAGCGUCCAUCUUGGAGGAAUGAUUCCUCAGCAGGAUACUCCAGCCGUCUCAGUCAUGCGUGUGACUCGGGGUGGGGACAAAGUCUAGGCCGGGGAAGCAGGGCAUCUGGAUUUUUAUCCCCAGUGGCUUCCACCAGUGAGCAUGUCCUUCUCAGCCCUCAGUGCCUCGGUCAUUCCAUGGGUAAAGUGAGGGUCACAAAACUUGCCUUCUCUCUAUAUCUCAGCAUGAAUGAAGGUCAAAUGCCCCAUGUCUUUCCUGACAUCACCAGAACACUGUUUGCUUCUGCAGGACAAAUUCAGGAGAAGAAGGGAGACUACCUGUCUGAGACCCUUGAUGGCAUGAAAGUGGUAUUCAGACCUGGAUGCUUUGUCAGGGGAGAAUGUGGGUUUAGGGGACCGUGAGUUAGAGCUUUUCUUGGCACAGAUCAUAUGUCGGUUUUGGGAGGGCUCGUUCUGUUAUCGUUAUCUUUUUGUUUAUGAUUUUGGUUUUUACUUUUUGUAGACAUGAGAUGAAGUGGACCCCUGUUCAGUAUAUUGAGGAAAGGUUAUUAUGUGACUUAUGUGCCUGUCUUCUAUUUUAACUGCAUGACCAGUGAGCCUGGCUGAAGAAGUGACUUCGUCACAGAAUUCCUUUCUGCUGAGUUUACUGCAGUGAUGGACCUCUAGCUUUUGAUUUGAGCUUUGAAUAGUGAGCUGGGGAAUUUUGACACCUGGGAUUCAUUAGGAAAGGAUUCAAACUGUACCGAACAUUCCUUCCCUGUUCUCUGCCACCAGGCCUAGUGUAUCUCAUCCCUGAAGACUCUUAAAGACAGGAAGGCAUUCUUAUUCAUAUUAAGAGAACUAAAUGAUUUCUUAAUAAAUAAGCUCCCUCUAAAAGAGCAGUUCUCACAAAAGGUAAUGACCUUUCUCAGGGAGUGUUUGGAAGUAUGUGGGUGUGUUUUUGAUUAUCACAAUGAUGAGGGUGCUGUUGGCCUUUCUGCUGCCAUGAGGCCAGGAUGCUAAAUGUCUGAGCAGUCCUAGACAAUGAAGAACUGUCUCACCCAGUAUACCAGUAUUUCCUCCAGUAAGGUCGUGCUCUGAAAACAGCCAGCCCUUUCCUUUAUUCUUCUAGAAUAUUCCUUUUAGAGAAGGAAUUGUGAUAAUAACGUGAGCAACUAUACUUCUGAGCCUUUCCUCAUUGCUGGCACCAUACUUAAUGCUUUACUCGUGUGCUUACAUGAUUCUUAUAGAAAGUCUAGUAAGAGGGUGCCAUGGUGUAGCUGAUGAAGCUGAGGCUUAGCGGAGUUAAGGCACGUGGUUGAGAAGCACCACUGUCUAUUUCAGACCCACCAGUCUUUGUGACUGGAGAGUUCUUCCCGCACCACUUCUCUCUACUGCCACCCCCUGAGCUCAGCAGUCUCCCCCUCUGCAUUUUCAAUAUAGAUAAAUGAGAUACAGGCCAAUCCUGAGGUGCCUUGAGGAGUUUUGUUAAUUAAUAAAUGAAACGCCCAGGCACUGUAAGUGAAUGGAGAGGUUGUUGUCUAGAUCUUAGACAGAUGGUGCCUGUGUGGAUUACCCUGCGCCUUAGCAGGGCAGUCUGUCCUGAUCUGGAAUUUCAUAUGCUUUGGAAUUGCACUAAUAACUUUGCGUUAGCAAGUUUAUUACUCCUCGAUUUAUAUGUUUAUUUUCAUUACUCCUAACCAAACAAUUGUAGCUAACUUGAGGAAAACAACUCUUCCGUGAGAUUAUGUUGAAAUCAGAUGUUUAUUAAACUUUUCAAUAUAAUGCCUUAAAAACUGUAGCACUUUACAAACAUCUCUAUAUAGCAAAUCACUGAAAGGACGGUUAAUGCUUUCUUUGUACAUGUUGUUGUUUUACGAUUUUGUACUUUAUGAUUUAUUUGAAAUAUAAAAAUAAUAGUACUUUAUUUUGUAAGUCUGCCUAAUAUCUACCUUUUAGUCAUCUUUAGCAUAAUUUGUGAUGCUUUUAUUAAACUUUUAAUUUUAAAUGA